AACCAGACUUCAAACUCUUCGAGUCACAAAGAAACAAAUUGUAAUUAUGAGCUUAUAUCUCCAUCAGAAAAAUUUGACAAUUCCAUUACAUUAAAUCAUGCUAUUAAAGUAUACCAAGGAGCACAAAUAAGACAAAAUUGGCCUAACCCUUUUGAGAUUGAUUUUCUCGAUAUAAAAGAACCUAAUGAUGUAGCAACAAUUUCAUGUAGAAUAGGUGACUUGAUAAUACCUUAUGCAAUUCUAGAUACUGGUGCAAAUGAUUCAUUAUAUACUAAUAAUAUUCCUGAGUAUUUAGGGAUAAAAAUAGAUAAGAAAAAUGUUCACAAACUUACUGGUACUGAAGAAGAUUCUAUAACAGUUUCUGAAAAAGAAAUAUCUGUAAUCCCCACAAAAAAAGAUCGAAAUGGAAAAGACAUAUCUAUAAUGAUACUUGGUACAAAAUGGCAAUAUCGUGUUGGGUGGGAUCCGAUAGUGAAAGGAGAAUUUACAGCUACACACAAUGGAAAGACUAUUACAAUUCCUCUUUCUACUCGCAAAGAAUUACGCAAUGCAUUUAAUACAAAAAAAUUACAGAUGUCAGAGGAACUUGAAAAAGCACUAUUUACUAGUGUUCAAACCAAUUCAGAAUUUAUUGAAUAUUAUAAUGAUUUGCGUAAUCAGUAUAAAGAAGAAAUCGAUUCUAUACUUUCGAAUUAA